ACAUGACUGAUUGAAAUGUUGUACUCACGAUUCUAUCAACUUAACACACUACCUACAUCCUCCACACAAGUUGGAGUUGCCAUCUUUGGACUCUUUGCUAAGCUGCAGCCGGAAGUUCCGAGGAGCCCUGAAGGCAGCACCAACGGCUACUGGCAGCAUCAUUCUGCUGAGUGGGAAGCAAAGAUGGAGGAGUAUCCUUCUAAACAAGUGACCGAAAACCUCGACGACCCUCCCAACAGCCGCCUUUUCGCGGUCACAAGUCGGUCCAUAACCGAAGAUGAGCUCCGGGAAAGUUUCUCUGUGUUUGGGGAAAUCCAGGGGGUCUGGGUGGUCAAGGACAAGCAGACAAAGGAAUCCAAAGGAAUCUCCUAUGUGAAAUUCGCCAAGUCUUCGCAGGCCUGCCUGGCCAUGGAGGAAAUGCACGGCAAAGUGCUGGUGGACGGGACUAAACCCAUCAAGGUGUUUAUUGCCCAGUCACGGUCUUCAACAAGACACAGAGACGUUGAGGAUGAGGAGCUGACCAGGAUCUUCGUCAUGAUCCCCAAAACCUUCACAGAGGAGGACCUUAAAAACACGUUCAAAGAGUAUGGUGAUAUUGAGUAUUGCGUGAUCAUCAAGAAUAAGACCACAGGGGAAAGUAAAGGACUGGGCUACGUGAGAUACUACAAACCCUCCCAAGCUGCCCUCGCUAUAGAGAACUGUGACAAAUCUUACAGAGCCAUCCUGGCUGAACCUCGCACCAAGGCUGCAGCAACAGAAGAGUACACAGGGGGGUCGGCCAGAGGUGAAUACAUGGGCGGUGGAGGCGGCGGCGGCGGCGGCAGUGACUCCAUGAACCAGUAUGCCUUCCCUCUGGGUGGCGGUAACACGCCAAGAAACACAGCAGUGCACCAUCAAAGGCAGGGAAGAAGACUGCUAGCAACUGACCCUGGCAACUACCCGGUCAUGGACUACCGCUCCGGUGACUUCACGCGGUGCCUGAUGAUGUCAACACGGGCUGCACUUUCCCAAGAGCAGAUUUUUGCUUUGUUUGACAUCAUUCCUGGCAUGGAGUACUGUGAGCUGCAGAGAGACGCUUAUGGAAUGAGCAAAGGUCAUGCGUUGAUUCGCUACAGUAACCUCGGAUCAGCGGUUUACGCCAAAGAAAAGCUGAAUGGCUUUGAAUAUCCACCUGGCAACAGACUGGCAGUAAAUUUUGUUGACGACGGAGAGGAACGCAGCAGUCCUGUAGGUCGGAUGGCCAUGCAGUUCGUUGCAACCCAGAUGAUGUCUGCAGUGUGGAACGGACCCUCGUCCAGCCAAGUAAUGAAAUCUCCUGGCUUCUCUGCUGUCUCCCCAAUGUCCCGGGUUCAGACAGACGUCAGUCUGCCCCCUCUGAAGAAGCUUGCGCCGCCUGACAGCAAGGCGAAGGAGCGCUUGUUUGUAGUGUUCAGCCCCUCCCCUCUGCCCCUGGAUGUCCUGGAGGACGUUUUCUGUCGCUUUGGUUCCCUUAUUGAGGUCCAUUUGGUUCCUGGCAGAAAGGUUGGAUACAUGAAGUAUGCAGACAAACAGUGUGCAGAUGAGGCCAUGGCAGUGCUCCACGGUCGGGUCGUCAAUGGAGUAAAGAUGAAGGUGAUGCUGGCUGAUCCUCCCAGAGAAGAAUCUCAUAAACGUCCUCGUACCUACUAGGACCGCGUGAAAGAAAUGACCGGCGACUCUUGUCAUGACACAAUGACACCUGACCUGACAGACCGACCGACCGACAUCGAGACCUUCACCCGACCUCUGACACGACCUUUGACACCUGUCUGACCUUACUUUUGGGUCAGUGACCUUGCUGUGACUCACUGAUAUACCAAGUACACAGAAGCAUCCACUACUAAAAUGGAAUCAUAUGCAUUCUGUGAACAGAAGCAACAACGCCAGUUUGUGUAGUUUGUGGUGAGUGUCGUGCUUUUUACGCAGACUACUGAAUUCAUUUUAAGUUUAAAAGUUUUGUAGUUCAGGAGGUUGGCAGUAUUUUCUUCUUGAAGAACUGUGGGCAGGAGGCUGCACUCUGUUGAGGAGCUAAAAAACAAGAUUUGUAAAGCUGGAUCUAGACAGUUUUGUUUUUCACACCUGGUCCUUCCUUUUUUUUCUCUUAUGGUAUGACCUGUAAUCUCAUUUCCAGCUUAGUGCAAAUGUGUUUACCAGAUUCACUGUGAACUGUUGUUUCAGUAAAAAUAAAGAUCAGGUGAACACACA